AUGGAUUCCAUGCGAAGCCUCAACACCUCCCUGCCCGGCGCCUCGGCCGCAAGGCAGACUACACAAAAUGACUCCCCGGAGCAACUCCUCGACGCCUUCAAGGCCGCGGCGCUCUCAGUGACGAAACUUUACAAGACCUCCGCGGCCGCUCAGUCCAAGGCCCGUAUGGACGGCUACCAGGACUGCCUGGACGACCUGCUGGCGUUCCUCGACAAGGAAAAAAUUGGCCUGGGUGACGGCGAUGGCUGGAGGGUCCGGAGCUGGGCGACCGAACGGCUGGAUGGAAGGGAAAGCUCUCAAAAUGUUGAAAGCGACGACGAGGCAGACAAAGCGGAAGCUGCAUCGUCCUCGGAGGCCAACAGGACAGACAGCGGCACUCAACUGUCGGCGAUGCGGGGCGAAAGCCAAAUGAGGACCGACUCAGCACCCCUUAGCAGCCCUCAGGUCGUUGAAGAAGAGGAGGAGCCCGAACCUGUGUCGAUCACGGUACCGACGGCGGACUCGUUCACCUUCCAAUCCUCACACCCGUGGCCGCCUCAGCAACCUCAGCAAGACGCCUAUCUCAAUCUUGCGAACCUCGACCUAUCAGAUUCUCGGGCACACGACACAACAUCGACAAACACGAACUCUGGCGGCCGCACAACAAGACCACGACACCCGGCAAAUAUCCCUCGCUCAGCGUCAAGGCAAGGGAACAACCUCGGCCGCGGCGCUGGGUCGAAGCGUAAGAUCAACUUUGCCGAAAUCUUCGACCUCAGCAGCUUGGACAAGAACAUGUUUGGCGGCGGACCGAAGCGCACUCGGCACACAUAA